GGCGGAGCGCGGCGGCGGGGCCGGGGCGCGGCGCGGCGGCGGCGAGCGGCUCUCCUGCUCCGGCGGUGCGAGGUUAUGCCACUCUCCAGGUUUGCUGGGUGCCUGCCGGUGAAAGAGAAGGGUUGAUAUUUUGCCCAGGCCCUUAGGUCCUGAACCAAAAUGGCAGCUGGAGAGUCCCCUCCCGUAGGAGAUGUCUUCAUCGACUUGCAGCAGGGCAGAGAUGACGCAGAGAAAGCCUCUCCUGGUGCCGAGGACGAUGAGGACUUGGAUAAGACUUUGUCAAUCGAGAGAUUUGGGGACCUGAUAAGCAAGUCAGCAUCAAGCAAUCUGGAGAAGCAAAGUCGCAGCUACAGUGAGAGAGAUUUUGAAUUCCACCGCCAAACCUCGCACCACAUCCAUCAUCCCCUUUCCACUCACCUCCCUUCUGCCCUCAAGUUCCAAAAGAGGCCACCCCGUGCCAGCAGGAGGAAAAAAAGGAGGAGGAAAAAGAAGAAAACCUCAAUACCUCCCUCAGAGGUGACCCCCACCAUCCAGGAAGAGGACGAGGAGGGAGGAGAAGAGGAGGAAGAAGAGGAAGAAGAAGAAGAGGAAGAAGGAGAGUCCGAGGCAGAGGAGGUCCAGGAGAAAGAAAUCUCUGCAGAAUCUGAGGCCGAAGCUCGUGGGAAGGACACAUCCCCUAAGCUGGAGUCCCCAAGCAAACCAAAGUUCACCGUUGGCAGCGAUGAGGAGGAGCCCAGCAGCACUGCGGCCCCCGCGCAGUUCCAUGUGGAGGAGGAAUGUGGCAUCCUGUCCCCCAUGCCUCGCUUUGCUGACCUGCUGCAGGACAAGGGCCCUGCCUCUCUCCACAGCCUCCCCGGGCCUCGAGAGCGUCUGUCCCGCGGGUGGGAGAAGCGCAAGGCCUGGGGCCAGGUGGCGAGUGGCCAGCGGGGUACCUAUGACUUGAAGGAGAGGAUGUGCAUCGGCAGCAUGACCACCCUGGAGAGCGCGGCCUACCAGCGCGUCCCCACUGACGAGGCCGAGGCCCAGAUGCUGGCAUCUGCUGACUUGGAUGGCAUGAAAAGCCACCGCUUUGAAGAUAACCCAGGUGUGAGGAGGCAUCUGAUGAAAAAACCGUCUCGGAGUCAGGUCACCAGGACAAGCAAAAAAUUAGCAUCAACUCCAUCUGUCAAGAAAAAGAAGAAGAAGAAGAAGCUGGAUAGAAAGCCCCAUGAGGUGUUUGUGGAGCUGAAUGAGCUGGUGGUGGAUAAGAACCAGGAGAUGCACUGGAGGGAGACAGCCCGCUGGAUCAAGUUUGAGGAGGAUGUGGAGGAGGAUACAGCAAGGUGGGGGAAGCCCCAUGUGGCUUCACUGUCCUUCCGCAGUCUGCUGGAGCUCAGGAAGACUAUUGCCCACGGUGCUGUCCUCCUUGACUUGGAGCAGACCACUCUGCCUGGCAUUGCUCACCUCAUGGUGGAGACCAUGAUCAUCUCUGACCAGAUCAGGGCAGAAGAUCGAGCCAACGUGCUGCGUGCCCUGCUGCUGAAGCACAGCCAUCCCAAUGAUGAGAAAGAGGGCUUCUUCCCAAGGAACCACUCCAGCUCCAGCAUGAACUCCAUCGUGGGGAACCACCAUCACAACCACACCACGGACACAUGUGUGCCCCUCAUGGGGGAAGAGCGCAUUGAGAUGGCUGACCCCAAGGCCAAUGAGACUGAGUGCAAGGAGAAAAACCCACAUCUUCAUAACUCUGAGGGCCAUCGUAAAUACUUAAAGCUGAUGGAGAAAAUCCCUGAAGAUGCAGAGGCCACAGUGGUGCUUGUGGGUUGUGUGCAGUUUCUGGAGCAGCCAACCAUGGCCUUCGUCCGACUGAAUGAGGCUGUCUUCCUGGAAUCUGUCUUGGAGGUCCCAAUUCCUGUCAGAUUCAUCUUUGUGCUGCUGGGACCUAGCCAGGCCAACAUGGACUACCACGAAAUUGGCCGCUCAAUCUCCACGCUCAUGUCUGACAAGCACUUCCAUGAGGCUGCAUACAUGGCAGAUGAUCGUCAAGACCUCCUCAAUGCAAUCAACGAGUUCUUGGACUGCAGCAUUGUCAUUCCCCCAUCAGAGGUGGAGGGGAAAGACUUGCUCAAAUCCAUUGCCACCUUCCAGAAGUUGCUGCUGAAGAAGAGGAAGGAGAGGGAGCAGAAGUCCAUGAAGGAGGGCACUGCUCAGGAAGCCAAAGAGCUGUGUGAAGUGAAAGCUGAGGAAGAAGAGGAGGAAGCUGAGGAUGACCCUUUGAAGCGAACCGGGAUCUUUUUUGGAGGUCUGGUUCGGGACAUAAAGCGCAGGUACCCCAAAUACCUCAGUGACAUCAGAGACGCCUUGCACAGCCAGUGUCUCGCAGCCGUUCUCUUCAUCUACUUUGCUGCUCUCUCUCCUGCCAUCACCUUCGGGGGACUCCUAGGGAUCCUCUUCUCCCUGCUUGGAGCCCAGCCACUCCUGGUCAUUGGCUUCUCAGGGCCUCUGCUGGUGUUUGAAGAAGCUUUUUACAAGUUCUGCCAGACACAAGGCAUUGAGUAUCUGACAGGCAGAGUGUGGAUUGGUUUGUGGCUCAUCGUCUUCAUCUUCAUUAUCGUGGCAGCAGAAGGAAGCUUCUUGGUGCGCUACAUCUCGCCCUUCACCCAGGAGAUCUUUGCUUUCCUCAUCUCUCUCAUCUUUAUCUAUGAGACCUUCUACAAACUGUACAAGGUGUUUGCAGAACAUCCUUUGCUGAAGUUCUACCCACCAAACGUGCAGAGCAGCCUGAAUGCCAGCGUGCUCUCUACAGAUGCGAUAUCAAUGGGAACCAGGAUGCAGCCCAACACUGCUCUGCUCUCCCUCAUCCUCAUGCUGGGCACCUUCUUCAUUGCCUUCUUUAUGCGCAAGUUCAAGAACAGCCGCUUCUUAGGGGGAAAGGCACGGCGGAUCAUCGGAGACUUUGGGAUCCCCAUCUCCAUCCUGGUCAUGGUGCUGGUGGAUUACACCAUCACUGACACAUACACACAGAAGCUGAAUGUUCCCUCCGGCCUGUCGGUCACGUCCCCUCACAAGCGUGGCUGGUUCAUCCACCCCAUGGGCAGUAGUGGGACCUUUCCACUGUGGAUGAUGUUUGCCUCUGCCAUCCCUGCCCUCCUGGUCUUCAUUCUUAUCUUCAUGGAGACACAGAUCACUACGCUGAUUGUUAGCAAGAAGGAGAGGAAGUUGCUGAAAGGCUCUGGCUUCCACCUGGACCUUCUGCUCAUUGGCACUAUGGGGGGCCUCUGCGCUCUCUUCGGGCUGCCCUGGCUGACGGCGGCCACGGUGCGCUCCGUCACGCACGUCAAUGCGCUGACCGUCAUGAGCAAGGCCAUCGCACCCGGGGAGAAGCCCAGGAUCGAGGAGGUGAAGGAGCAGCGUGUCACCGGAGUGCUCAUUGCUGCCCUUGUCGGUCUGUCCAUUGUGAUGGGGAACAUGCUGAGGCAGAUCCCACUGGCCGUGCUCUUCGGCAUCUUCCUCUACAUGGGGGUUACAUCGCUCACCGGCAUCCAGCUCUACGAGCGCCUGCUCCUGAUCUUCAUGCCAUCCAAGCACCACCCUGACCACAUCUACGUUGUCAAGGUGAAGACCUGGAGAAUGAAUCUCUUCACCUGCAUUCAACUGGCCUGCAUUGUACUGCUCUGGGUGGUGAAAUCUACAGUGGCAUCGCUGGCCUUCCCCUUUGUCCUGAUCAUGACAGUGCCAUUGCGACGCUUCGUGCUGCCCCGCUUCUUCCACGACAGGGAGCUCAAAGCGUUGGACUCGGAGGAUGCGGAGCCAAAUUUCGACGAGGAUGGCCGGGACGAGUACAACGAGCUGCACAUGCCUGUGUGAGCUGGGAGCUGUCCUCCCUGCUUGUGGAACAGGCAGCUCAGGCCUGCUCACCCCUCCCAAGAACUAACUGGAGACUUGCCAUGAGUCACACUGUCUCUUGCCUGGACCAAUGAAUGGCUGUUCCAUAGCCCUGCAGGAUGCAGCCCGGCUCUGGCUGCCCCAUCGCUCGCUCAGCAGAGGCUGUGAGUCUCUCUCCUCUUGGACCUGGUGGGCUGAGAGAUGCCUCUCACAUCCCAAAGCUGUGUGGGUCUUGAGUGCCCUGGGUCAGGGGUCUGACCCUUCCCUGCUGGAGGCAGCCUGUGCCUGGUCUCCAGGCGGUGAAGGGGAACCAUGCCAGCUGGUGCCACUGCAUUCCCUUCCACUACCAUGACGCUUGGGGAGCUUGGGUAUCUCAGCACAUGACACUGAGCACUCACAGGAAUGGGCUAGAAGCUGCCUCUUCUCCCAGGCCAGCAACCUCCUUACUCAGCUGGCAGAUGCCUUGCUCCUGCUCUCUCUGCCCCCUUCUAGGAGUGCUCAUACCAGGCCUCUGCCACAGCUACUGCCCCACGGGGCUGCUGCAGCCUGACAGACAGGCAAAGAGGGACCGGCACCCUAGCCCAGUCCUCCAGACUGUUUUCUGUCCAGUCACCUUCCCACAUGACUGUUUUCAGCUCUUGCUUGACAUGGAAGAGGCUGUUUGGCUCCUCUCCCUCUCAAUUUUCCCAACCUUAUUUCCAAAGGCAAACUGCACAGGGAGGGAAGGCUGGAGAUAAGCAGGUAUUCUGAGUGCUUGAAUGCUUGUCCUCUUGCAGGAACUAAGAGGAGUCCUCUGCCAUUCUGCACCUCCUCAGAGGUUGCAGGAGUAAACACUUAUCACAGGGCUGUAUCCCAGUUCCUGAUUCCCACAUUCCUGUCUCUGAGAACAAAUCAUGUUUAAGAAGCUACACAAGAAAUGUAGUGCUGGAGCACAAAACAGUCCUUUGGGUCCCUCCCUUUCCCUGUGCAGUGAUCCACUGAGUCUGGCUCCCUGCAAGCCUACAAGGAAGUCACUGAAGCCCCAGCCCCAGUUUUGCUGCCAUAUUGAGAUCACUUUCACAUCCAGCAGUGCCCUCCAGGUGGGAAGGAGCAGCACUCAGGGUGCCCAGCACUCAGCCCCCAUCACCUCUGGGCAGCUCCACAGAAUCACAGAAUGGGUCAGGUUGGAAGAGACCACAGUGGAUCAUCUGGUCCAACCUCCCUGCCCAAGCCGAGUCAUCCCAGAGCACAUGGCACAGGAUUGUAUCCAGACAGUUCUGCAAUAUCUCCAGGGAGGGACACUCCACAGUCUCUCUGGGCAACCUGUUCCAGUGCUCAGUCACUGCACAGUAAAGUUCUUCCUCGUGUUCAGGUGGGACUUGCUGUGCAUCACACCUUCCCACCUGACAGACCUGUUCCCUCGGGUGUCCCUGAGCUGGCAGCCUUUGUUCAGAGCUGGCCCAGAAACUGUUUGAUGGUGCCCUUGCUGCCCUGGAAACUCCAAGGUUAAUGCCAGGAGAGAAAGGCAGCUGAGCCUCUUCCUGAUGGUCAGAGCUGGACUGUUCUUCCAGAGGAGGCUGGGAUGCUCACUUCACCAUUGGAUUUGGGAGAAGAUGCUGCCCCCAUUCCCACGUACCAGCCUGGCUCCUGCGAGAGAUGGUGGGUGCUUCAUUACCGGGAGGGUCCAAUGCCUUCCUCGGGAGGCUGCAGAAAUAUCCCAUCAGAGAAAGAAGCCUCCCCACAGCAGGUCCUGCCCACAGCCUGGCCCCCUACAGGGCCCGGGGCAGAGAGACGAGUGUCUCUGUGUGUCUGUGGCCGUGUGUGUCCUGUCCUCCCCGUGUAGUGUAGGAGGCCUGUUGUUUCUGUGCAUU